UUCUUUUCGCUUGUCAUUGUUCUCCAGAGCAGAAGUUCUUUCGACUCGGCCGGCAAUCGACUUAUAUCCUUCUAUAAGAUCUAUAAUAUCCUUCGUAGAAGAAAGAUGACCAAGGGAACGACAAGUUAUGGCAAGCGCCACAACAAGACGCACACAAUCUGUCGCCGCUGCGGCAACUCGUCGUAUCAUCUGCAGAAGUCGAAGUGCUCCCAGUGCGGCUAUCCCGCGGCCAAGACCCGAUCCUUCAACUGGUCCCGGAAGGCCAAGGGUCGCAAGGCCCAGGGAACCGGAAGGAUGCGCUACCUCAAGAAUCUGCGCCGUCGUUUCCGCAAUGGGUUCCGCGAAGGAGGUUCCUCACAGAAGAGAGCCAAGUAAAUGGUAUCAAGCUUGAUAAGCCCAAUAAAAGCCAAAUGAACGUAUUCCCUUAA